AUGUGCGAGCUGGAAAAUUUGGGGACUGAAAGCGAUGGGCUGACAACAGAGGCAGCGGACCGAGUACCUAAAAGCUCUGGAGUUUCCGGCGGAAGCGUGAGCAGGCAGCGAGAGAGCGCCAUGGCAGUAGAUUCGAGAAACGGUUGCGGCGGGCUCCGUGAGGAAGUUGGAGCGGAGCAGAAAGGCAAUGCUAUCGAGGGAGUCGCCGCUCGAGCGCUCUCCGGCAGUCUUAAGAUCUCGAUACUGGGGAAGUCGUCACAGCAUGGCCCGAUUUGUCCCCAUCCUCCUGAGUUGGCGAGUUCGGGUCUUCGGGUUCCUCCUAGUUGGUCGACGAGGUCUUUGAAGGCCUGCAGGUCAUUGUUGGCGGCUAGCUCGAGCAAGCUGCCGAAGGAAUAUUCGGUUUGGAUGUUUGGAAGAUUCGAGUUCAUGUCAUUAUUGUGUUAG